CGGCUAGGCGUUAGCCCCGCAGGUAAACACACUGCCUGUCAUGGGAGAGGAAAGACGCCACUCAGUCUCAGUGUUUCCAGAAAGGUUGUCUGCUAUAAGUGGCACUCGACCUGGGAUUACACGGCUAACACGACGCUAAUACGAUGAGCUUGGGACAGUCGUACUGUCAAUACUGCGCUGGAAUUAGCUCUCCGUAGGAAAUGUAGAUAGUAUAUAUAUAAUGAGUGACAUCCACUAUCAGAGAAAUCGUACAUCCCACCAGGCCAGUCUGUCCUUUUGGGGAUGGGGGGGUCUCGGAGUCGUGCUGUUCCUCAUCACUUUCGGACCCUUUGCCAUAUUCUACCUGGCUUUUUAUAUCCUCUGCUUCAUUGGAGGGGGCUUUGCGGUCACUCUGCUGUAUGGGAAGAUCAACUCAGAGAAACACUUGGAGAAGUGCGAGCACUCUUAUUUGCCCCCUACACAAAUCGGUAUUUUGAAGACGUUGGAUGAGAUGAAGCUGGAGAUGAAACCUAUAAAGAUAGACAGACGACUGACUGGCUCCAGUUUCAUAGAUGAACCUCUGCAACAGGUGAUCCAGUUUGCUUUGAGAGAUUAUAUCCAGUACUGGUAUUACACUCUGAGCGAGGAUGAAUCUUUCUUAUUGGAGAUCAGACAAACGCUGCAGAACGCCCUCGUCCAGUUCUCCACACGGUCCAAAGAAGUGGACUGGCAGCCUUACUUCACCACCCGCCUGGUGGACGACUUUGCCACCCAUUUGCGUGUCUUUCGUAAAGCUCAGGAUCGUCUUCCAGACAGAGAGGAUAAACAAAGGGACAUAACGGAGGAGCUGAUUGACUCAUUCUUUGAGGCCGAAGUGGAGAUGGAAAGGAAGAUUUGUCGAGACGUAGUGUGCACUUCUCAUAAGGAUGAAGAAGGUUUCCUUCGAGACUUGUGUGAGUUGCUUCUGUAUCUGUUACUACCUCCUGGAGACUUCCACAACAAGAAUAUGCGAUACUUUUUAAGAGAGGUAUUGGCACGUGGUGUCCUCCUUCCUCUCGUUAACCAGCUGAGCGACCCAGACUACAUCAACCAGUUUGUCAUUUGGAUGAUCCGGGACUCCAGCUGUAACUAUGAAGCCUUUAUGAACAUCCUGAAGCUGACAGACAAGCCUGCUGAGUUGGAGGCCGUGAAGGACAAGGUGAUGGAGGAGCUGCAGUACCUGCGCUCACUGGACACAGCAGGAGAUGACAUCAAUGUGAUCAAGAACCAGAUAAACAGUCUUCUGUUUGUGAAGAAGGUGUGUGAAACCAGGAUCCAGAGACUACAGUCUGGCAAGGAAGUGGAUGCCUUGAAGCUGGCGGCCAACUUUGGCAAGCUGUGUGUCAUCCCACUGGAUCACAUCCUCGUCCACAACAUAGCCCUGCAGUUCUUCAUGGAUUUCAUGCAGGCGGCUGGUGCCCAGGCAGAGCUCUUCUUCUGGCUGACCGUGGAGGGCUACAGGGUGACGGCGCAGCAGCAGCUGGAGGCCAUGCAACGUUGGCAGAAAGACGGCAAGAAGCAACCCAGCACUACCAAGGGACUCCUGAAGGCAGCUGCGCUAGGCGUCUAUGAGCAAUACCUCUCUGACAAGGCCUCUCCAAGGGUUCAAGUAGACGAGGAGUCAAUAACACGUUUGGGAGAGAAGCUGCAGAAAGACGAUCCCACGCCAGAAAUAUUUGACGAUAUCCAGAGAAAGGUGUAUGACAUGAUGCUGCGUGAUGAGCGCUACUACCCAUCCUUCAAGCAGAGCCCCCUCUAUGUACGCAUGCUGGCUGAGUUGGACAUGCUCAAAGAGCCCAGCUACCGCGGCUCUGAUGACGGCGACGGAGAAUCAUUCAACGGCUCCCCGACAGGAAGCAUUAACUUGUCUCUGGAUGACUUGACCAACUCCUGCCAUGAGGAGUCGAUGCAGCUCCAUGCUUUCAUCUCAGACACAGUUGAUGCUUGUGUUCCCGGCUUCUGGGCUGCUGCAGGCGUCUGUAAUGAGCACGGGAAGACCUACGCGCUGUACGCCAUCACUGUAUUCAGACGCAACCCGGACGGCAGCGAGGAUUGCUGGAAGACAUACCGACGUUACUCUGACUUCCACGACUUCCACAUGAGGAUCACAGAGCAGUUUGAGAACUUGACGUCCAUCCUCAAGCUCCCAGGGAAGAAAACCUUCAAUAACAUGGACAGAGACUUUCUGGAGAAGAGGAAAAAAGACCUCAAUGCUUACCUACAAUGGCUGUUGGACCCAGAUAUAAUUAAGGCCUGCCCAACCCUUAUUCCUUACGUCUAUGACUUCCUAGAGAACAAAGCCUACAGCAAAGGCAAAGGAGACUUUGCACGCAAGAUAGACACAUUUGUGAAUCCUCUGAGGAGCUCCAUGAGGAACGUGUCCAACGCAGUGAAGUCCCUCCCUGACAGUCUGGCCGAGGGCAUGAACAAAGUGUCGGACAACAUGGGCCGCAUGUCCGAAAGGCUCGGCCAGGACAUCAAACAGUCCAUACUUAAGGUGCCUCCUCUCCUGCCCAAGUCCGACAUCGACCCUGAACACUGUCGAGUCUCCGCCCAGCUGGACGACAACGUGGACGACAACAUCCCGCUGCGAGUCAUGCUGCUGCUGAUGGACGAGGUGUUCGACCUCAAGGAGAAGAACCAGUGGCUGCGCAGGAACAUCAAGAACCUGCUGCAGCAGCUGAUCCGCGCCACGUACGGCGACACCAUCAAUAGGAAAAUUGUGGAUCAUGUGGACUUCUUGACUUCACCAGAGCAGGUGGCAGAUUACGUCAAGAAGUUCAGGGACUCCUAUUGGCCUAAUGGGAUUUUGGCUGAGACGCUGCCCCGCCGGGACAAGAGCAUCCGCAUGAGGACGAGAGUCGCUGCCAAGACCAGCCUGCUGGGUAUCAUGCCAGAUGAGUUGAAGCACAUCAUCGGUGCAGACACCACUCGUAAGGGCAUACUGCGCGUCUUCGACAUGUUCCAAUACCAGCCCAUGAACCGGCGACUGGUCUAUGUAUUCCUGGAGGGCUUCUUGGAGACCAUGUUCCCCCAGUACAAGUUCCCUGAGCUUUUCGUCAAGCUGCACUCCCGCUCGCCACGCAUCCACAGAUACAGCCAGAAACUCAAAUCUUCCUCCCUCAAGAGGUGACAGGAGCGAAGUGGAGACACACACACACACACACACACCGACUUAAGAGCUAAAUGUGAGAUAGGGGGAGGGGCUUAAUAUGAACUUGAAGGUAUGGAAACACUCCCAGUAACUGUCAUUUCUGUCAACAUACACCCAAAAACAAAGCAUUUGCAUCCAGACUGAACAUGGCAGUCUUUUAGUCAGCAUCAUUUUCCCCUCUCUGAUGUUUUUAGUUGUUUAUAGCUUCAGCGGGGCCAGUCAAUGCUGCUUUGUGGUGGUCCAAAGAGGCGGCCAUGAGUACUGUACUGUUUUUAAACUGCAGGAAUAGAUAGCAUAGACCCACACCUUGCCUUACCUUCCCACCUGCUUCUACGUUUGGCCUCCACCAUAAAGCUGAAGCGGCUGCAGCCCAACUCGCUCCCUUAAUGCUGUAGACAUUUUAACUACAAAAGCUGCACUCUAGUGUUUUUCAUAGCAACCAAAUGUGUCAAUAGCACUGGUUUAUGAGGCGCCGUUUUUAAAAUGUGACUGAACAAAAUAGGGCAUGAAUGGAUUUUUUUUAAGUGAUCUUGCAGCCUCAGUGCUUCUCUUGAAUCCUUUUGUGUUACAUCGUUUUGUCUCACAGACCUUACAGAGGAAGCCACGCCCCUUUAAUUAUAUCAAACCCUGAUGACCAAAGCUCAUGCUGUUCAUGUGUGCGUUCUGGUGUGAACAUAUGAAGAAACGAUGAUGCAAUGGGAUGACUUUCAUCAUCAUCAUGUGUGUUACAGUGGGGAGGUGGGAGGCUAAGCUGUCCAUCCCAGCACACUAAUAGUACGCGUCCAAGAAUGUAAUUGUGUGUUUGGCUUGUAAACAAUUUAGUGUGUGUGUGUUUGUUAUUAAGGAAGAUUUGUGUGGUAAAACUGUGCCAGUGUGGGCGAGUGAGGCGGCCUUAAGUUAACACACGGUGUAAAAGAGACGCACGCUCGGACAUGACUGAAUCCUUCACUAGAGAUAUGGACAAAUAUCCCUAAUCACUUUUUGUGCAAUAUUACUUUAAUGCAUGUGCAUUUUGAAUUCGUGUAUAGUCAAACGAGAUAUUCGUUAUUUUUUUUAAAA